AUGCCAGGGGAUCCUCGGCAACUCUCGUGCAACAAUAGCAAGUGGCGACCAACCAGCUUUUGCAAGACGAUGCCCGAAUCGAGGAUCAACUUGAGCUCGUCCGUCUCGAGUAUUGCGAGCGAGCCCAUGCCCGUGCUCCAGUCGUCGCUCACGAGCUCCUUCCAGAAACACUUUUUACAGAGCCACCACGAGAGUUGCCAUUCCAGACGCCACGAUACGUCGGCCAGAGGUCUAGAAGCUCCAGGAGCUCCUCGGGACACGCCGUUUGUGCCUCGACGUCCAGUUGGAGCUGUUCCUGAGCUUUUCGUGACUUUCCGACAUGUUUUGCUCUCUGUAGAUAUCCCCGUGCCACCUGCAGCAGCAGCAGCGGAAGCUACCUCAGGUCAAAUGAGUCGCGAAGCACUCGCUGCCAAGCAUCUUCCGACCAUACCGAACCACGUUCGAGGCCUUAUGGGAGGGCUCACUGCAAGCAGGACGUUUGUUCGUCGCCAACUUCUCAAAAACGUGACCGGUGCUUUCACACCGGGUUCGAUGACGCUGGUGCUCGGGCGCUCUGGAUCGGGCAAGUCGGUGUUACUGAAGCUAUUAAGUGGCCGUUUCAACGUGAAUGGGAAGAGCGUGACGCUGGAUGGCGAAGUGUCGUACAAUGGGUUAUCGCAGGACCAGCUGAGGUCACAGCUGCCACAAUGCGUGGCGUAUGUCCCACAGCAGGACACGCAUCUGCCCGUCAUGACAGUCAAAGAAACACUGGAGUUUGCAUUUGAUUGCUGUGCGAUUCACGCAGAUGCGAGGCCGGUGGGUACCGUGUACAAGACGCCAUCGCUGGAGUAUCCGGUCGCGCUUCCGACCACGUAUCUCGGUGGGGAGAGAGACCCAGUGGCUGUGACACGAGAACUCGGCUUGACACGCUGUCAAGGCACUAUCAUGGGCGACGAUCGCAUUCGAGGCAUCUCUGGCGGUGAAAAAAGCGCGUGA